GAGAGAGAGAGAGAGAGAGAGAGAGAGAGGGAAAGAGAAAAAGAGAGAAAGAGAGAGAAUGAGAAUAAAUGUAAAGAUCUUGAGAGGAGAUUAAUUAGUUGAUCAUUCUCAUCAAGAAGAAGUCGAUACGAUCAUGACGAUUGAAAAUUCGCACGAGGUUAUUACUGCGCCAAAAUGGAUUCAGAUUUUGCCAGUAUUAGCCGCAGUGGGUACUAUUGCUGCAAUAGGUCUUGCUAUUAAAUUUUACAUAUCCAAAGUUGAUGGAAAGAAGAAAAAGAAAAAUCCUGUAUUGUUGGUUGAUCCAGUUGUUAAAUACAGUGUACCAUUGAUAAAGAAAGAUGUUAUAAGUCAUGAUACUAGAAAGUUUAGAUUUGGUUUGCCAACGGAAAAUCAUGUACUUGGUCUUCCUACUGGACAGCAUAUACAUUUGACUACUAAGAUAGGAGAUGAAGUAGUUAUACGUUCCUAUACUCCUGUUUCCAGUGACGACGAUCAUGGAUAUGUUGAUCUCGUUAUUAAGGUAUACUUUAAAAAUGUACAUCCCAAAUUUCUUGAGGGUGGUAAAAUGUCACAGUAUUUGGAAAAUAUGAAAAUAGGUGAUACAAUAGAUAUAAGAGGUCCAUCUGGUCGUCUUGUUUACAAAGGACGUGGAAAAUUCUCUAUUAAACUCCUUAGAAAGGAUCCACCGACUGAUUAUGACGUUAAAAAGGUUGUUAUGUUAGCCGGUGGAACUGGUAUAACGCCAAUGUUGCAGUUAGUUAGAGCUAUAAUAAAAGAUCCUUUGGAUGAAACUCAAAUAUCUUUACUUUUUGCCAAUCAAACGGAGAAGGAUAUAUUAUUGAAAGAUGAAUUGGAUGAUAUUGCUAAAAAUCAUUCUGAUAAAUUUAAGAUAUGGUAUACUGUAGAUAAUGGAAGAGAAAAUUGGCCCUAUAGUACAGGACAUAUUAAUGCAGAGAUGAUAAAAGAACACAUGCUUCCACCGUCCCCUGAUACUAUUGUAUUAAUGUGUGGUCCAGUACCAAUGAUAAAUAUUGCUUGUAAUCCAAAUCUGGACAAGUUAGGAUACGAUAGCAAAUUGCGAUUUGCUUAUUAAGCUAGCUUUUUUUUUUUGUAUCUGUCGCAUCAUGUAGAUUGCAUUUAUUUAAUACUUUAUGCUUGUAGCAUUAUUUUUGAUUCAAAAGUAUUGACAGUUUAUAUUUUUCACUAGGAAGAUCAAACUAAUUUUCAUUUAUUUUAGCUGCACAGUUUGUUGGUACCACUUAUUAACACAUUUAUGUUUUUAUUAAAGAUUAAGAAAUUAUUUUUCUUUUCUCUUUACAUUUAAGAUUUUGAUAUAAUAACAUUAUAGUCUCACGUCCAAAGACAAUAUUUAAGUUAAAUUUUUAAAGCAUUUAUAUAAUUAUUAAUAUUACGACAAAUUUCUAUUACUUGAUAUAAUAUUAUAUUAUUAAGUUACUAAGAUAUAUGAUAUAUGGCUUUAACAAUUGUACACUUAUAUAUCUGUGCAGCUAUAAAGACUAUACGACACUAAUUAAAAAGACACUUGCAUAAA